GACCUCUGAACCCAAGAAAUAUUUUGAAAUUGAAAUAGAACUGUGGAUUAACAUCAAUCCAUUUUGUUACAGGUUUAAACAAUUAAUUCAACAAUAACAAAUACUGCACUCUUAUGAUAUAAGGAAAUAGAUGUGUGGUAAAAUGGCCAUAAUUUCACAUUUAAUUUCAACAACAAAUGUUUAUCAUUAUAUUGUGUACCGUAUACUGUGGGAACAUAAUAAAAGGAAUUCAAUGUUGCCUAAAAAGCUAUUGAAAAAUGAGUAGAUCUAUCACCUUGCUAAAUGAAAGUUAUUUUUGUGUUGGGUUGUUUGCAGUGCCAAUUUAUGUCAUGAUUUUGCCAGUGAGUCUUUUGGAUUAAGUGUUGUGGGCUAUGCUUUGUGUAGGACAUUGCUGCAUAGAUUACAUAAGUGAGGUAGCUGCAUACCCAACUGAAGAUGAAGAUAUCAGAUGCGUGUCACAGAAGUGGCAGCGAGGUGGCAAUGCUUCCAACACCAGCACAGUCUUGGCUCUGUUGGGCGACACCCCCACAUUAGCCUGCACUCUCGCUAACUCGCCUGAGAAGCAGUUCUUGGUGACAGACAUGGCUAAAUACGGCAUCAAAGAAGAUGGUGUUGUUUACCACGAUGGCGUGGCAUGCCCAUCUUCCGUGGUAAUCUGCUCACUUGCUUCUGGCUCACGCACAAUAAUUCACAGCAAUCAGAACUUGCCUGAGCUUUCUGUAGAAGACUUCAAGUCACUCCCUCUUCACACUUUCUCCUGGGUUCAUUUUGAAGGUCGCAAUUUGAGCAAUGUUCUCAUGAUGCAGCAAAUGCUACGUCGUGCAUAUCCUUCCGCCAAAAUAUCUUCUGAAUUGGAGAAAGUACGUCCAGAUAUGGACUUACUCACUCUCAAUUCUGACGUAAUAUUUGUCUCUAAAGACUACGCGCGUCAUCUUGGCUACGAGGACAUGAAGACUGCGGCUCAAGAUAUUGCUCAGAAGGCGGCAACCGGACGCAACCUCGAUGUGAACAGGUGCCGCACUGUGAUUGUGCCGUGGGGGGAAGAUGGUGCGAGUGGCUACAGCGAGGAAGAAGGACUAGUGAGCUGCGAAGCUAGCGUGCCUCAAGGCGGUGUCGUGGAGACGCUUGCAGCUGGUGACACCUUCAUUGGGGCAGCCUUGCACGCUUUGUCACGUGGUAAAUCCCUCAAGACGACUCUUGAGUUCAGCUGUAGGGUCGCUGGUUUAAAAGUUGGUCUCAAGGGUUAUGAAGCUUUCGGAGAAGCGCUCAGAAAGUGUGCUUGGGUGAAGGAACUCUGAUAGUGAUGUGUAAGCCUUGGGAGGCAUAUUAUUCUGUUAGCAUCAAACACAUGUUGGGUGGUUUAUAAUCGGUCUUGAUAUGAAUGGUCGAUGUUUUUAGUGAACAAUGACCGUGUCUUAAUGGAUAUUGUUCCGCGUCUAUUGUGGUAUAGUACAGGAUUGAAAAUUGGCUCAAGUUUCAAGCAGCUGUUCAAAUUACUCCGGUUUGUGUGUUUCAUUAAAAUGAAAUUAAAAUUCCUUUAUCGGAAUAAUCUUU